AUGUAUAAACCAACAUUUGAAAAUUUACCUGAUGAAAUAAUCUUAGAAAUUUGUCAAUAUCUUCAUUGUAGUCAUGUUCUUUAUUCAUUUUUUAAUUUAAAUUCACGUAUAAAUCAAACAAUAACAUUCUAUCGUCAACAUGUAUAUUUUCGUCGAGCCUCCUAUAAAAUCUUACUUUAUAUCUAUGAAUAUAUUUUACCUCAAAUAGGUUCAUCAAUUCUAUCAUUAACAAUUCAUCCAUUACAUCAAGCAUCAUUUCCAUCUUCAAUCGAUCAAUAUAUAUCAACAAUAUUUUCAAAUUUAAAAAUAUUAACAUUAACAAGUUGGAAAAGUGAAAAAUUAGUAUCUUUUCUUGAUAUUUUACAAGAUAUGAAAUAUUUACAUAAACUUAUUAUACAAGAAUUAUCAUGUUCAAUAUUAAUUGAUGAUAGAAAUUUAAUCGAAAAAGUAUUUAAUAAUAAAAAUUCAUUUUUAACGAAUGUUAUAUUUGAUUAUGAUUGUGAUUCAAUGAAUUUAUCGAAUUAUUCAUUAAAUAAUAUUAUAUUACAUAAUAUUAAUUCUUUAACUAUUCAACUCAAUACAUUAACAGAUUUUUCUCGACUUAUUCAUUUUAUUCCUAAUAUUCAACAACUUGAUGUAUCAUUAAAAAAUUCUUCAUUAAAAACAGUACCAUUCGAUAUUAAACUAUUAAAUCUCAAAAUAUUUUCUCUAUGGAAUAUUAAUUAUUAUUCGAAUUUUGAUGAUGUUAUUUCUUUAUUAACAAUUGUUCCUGUAAUUGAACAAUUUUCUUUAACAAUAUCUACACGUGAUUCAAAUUUAAUUAAUGGUGAAAAACUUUUCUCCAUAUUUCCUAUUCGAUUAAAAAAAUUUAAUUAUACUGUUUGUUAUUAUUUAAAACAAGAUCAUUAUCCAUUAGAUAUUAAUAAUAUUAUAAAUUCUUGGCAAUCAAUUCCAAUUGUAUAUUCAUUUAGUGAAAUUGAUGAACGAAUAUUUCUUCAUACAUUACCAUAUUCUUCUUCUCGUUUUAUAAUAAGAUCUAGUUUAGCAAAAAAUUUUCCUAUUAAACAUAUGUAUCAAAUGUAUUCAAAAGCAAGUCAACUUCAUGUAUAUACUAUGACAAAUCUUUUGGAUAUGUUUCCAAUUAUAGGACAAUGUAGACAAAUACGUGAAUUAACUCUUUUAGCAACAAAUAAUCAAUCAAACAUAUUAGAUUCACAAUGUAAAUCUACAAGUAAAUUACGAAUUUAUUUUUCUAUUAGAAGUAGAAUUGAAAUAGACACUAUCGAUGAAUUCUUUUUUCGCAACAUUUGA